AUGUUUCCCGUAUUUAUAUGGUUCGUGAUUGUUGCGAUCGCUAUCGUAACGUUCACCUUUGGUGUUCCAGGGACGCUCUUGCGGCGACAGCGACGCAAGCAACUCCGUGGAGACACCUUCCCGGUCCGAGACGUCUCAGCGGAACGCUUACCGCCGUGCAUACGCGGUUGGUGCCCCUAUGUUCGAGCAGGGUUCCAGUUCGCCUUCGGAGCAGCACCACCGCAGUCUUUCCUGGAAGCAGCACGGAAACAGCACGGUGAUGUUUUUACUGUCGAGAUGUUCGGGAGACGCAUGACGUUCCUCUUCUCCAAGAAUGGGAUUGGACAGUUCUUCGACAGCGCACCUUCGAAAGUGAGCUUCAUUCGGGCGGUGGAACCUUUCACCGAUGGUAUUUUCGGGCUGGCGCCGACUUACUUUGAAAAGAUUCUCCACAUGCUGCUGGUCCAGCUUCGUGAGGAGCUGCAUUUAGACAAGGGGUCGGACAGAGGCCUCGCCCGGCACCUGACGGGCUUCGCGGAGGCACUCCGUAUGGCGAUGCGCCAACAGAUGGCCUCAUUGGACGGCCAGGCGGUGGCUCAUGUCGAUGACCUGUUCGAUUUGUGUGGUCGUCUAAUCUUUACCGCUUCAUUCCAAACCGUAUUCGGGCGUGAAUGUGCAAAUGCCUUGAACAAGGACGGGCGUCUCUAUGAAACGUUCGUGGCUUUUGAUCGGGAGUUUGAGCUGGCUGCGCUGCCGAUUCCACAGUUUUUGCUGCGCUCUUUCAGCCGCGCGCGUCGACAGCUCCUACGAGCCAUGCAACGAGCUGUGCGACUGGUCGAGCCGGCGACUCCAGCGGGGAAAUUGCUCGCCAAAUUGGACUCGGAUGAAAAAGUAUGCGCAUCCGUUCUGCUGACGCUACUCUGGGCUUCUUCUGCGAAUACUCUAUUGAGUGCAGGUUGGCUAAUUGUUCUCAGCGCUGAAUGGUGCAACCGAGCGCGGCCAGUAACCGAAUCCAUGGCAUGGGAGCUUGUUACAGAAACACUUCGAUUGGCGAGCAGCGGAAUCGCGGUCCGAAUUGGAUGCGAGCCGCUUUACGUCGAUGAUUUCCGCAUUCCGGCUGGAGAUUACCUCUGCAUUUCACCCUGGCUGGCUCAUCAAGAUGAACAUCGAGGUGGCAAACGCUUUGACCCCUGCCGAUACCAGCACAUCGAGGAUAAGAAGGCGCUUUUCCGCGGACGCACACGACAGCUCUAUACUUUCGGUGGUGGCAUGUAUCGAUGCCCAGGUCAAGAGUAUGCAUUGCAUGAACUGGUCUUGUUUAUACAAAUAUUCUUCGAAUUCGUCGAACGUGUAGAGCUGGGAGUGGCUGGGGAUCCACUCACCUCCAUGGACGCGUAUCGUCUGGUGGGGAUCAAGCGCCCAACAAGACCAUUCCCGGGAAAACUCUUCCUGAUAUCAUCGUGCUGCGAUCUUCGGUGUGGUGACCCGCACCCCAGCGAACGCUGGUAA